CAGCAGCACUAGUCAGAACCAAAAGCAGGAAACCAAUAAAAACAAACAAAAAGAGAUUGCAGCAUUUUCAAAGCGGCCUCCGGCCCCCCACCCCCCCACUCCUCUUCUCUCUCUCUCUCUCUCUCUCUCCAAACAGGAACUUCAAAAUAAGGGCAGCCAGCCAUUCCCAUAAACCAUCUUGGAAUCCCCAAUUCGCUUCCCCGGUAUUGGGUUCAGGAUCUGCCACCCAAUUCACCAACAGUCUCUUUUUCUUGGGUUUUUUCAAACACAGCCAACAGAGGAAGGGACGCUAUCCACACUUUCUGUUUUUCUCUGCUAAACACUAAAAAAAUAUAAUCGCUCUUGCCAUUAUUACCAUUUAUAUUACAGCACACUACAAGUGUUUUGUCUCUAUUUAUUACUUUGCAAUUUUGCAUGGCGGGAAAUCCUCCACCUGAGGGACUAGGAGAUGAUUUCUUUGAGCAGAUCUUGGCAGUGCAGCCGGGCUAUGGCGGUGGUGGUGACACCGGUGGAGGAGAGGUGGUGGGGUCCACCAUGCCUAUGAUGGGUUUGCAGUUGGGGACUCCUGGUGGUGGUGGGUUGAGGACUAAUAAUAUGGGAAUGAUGCCUUUAGGGCUGAACUUAGAGCAUCAUGGCUUUUUGAGGCAACAAGAAGAUGGUGGUGGUGCUUUGGAUAACAAUAAUCAUGCCAGUAAUAAUGCUUCUACAACUUCUGGAAUCAAUGAGAGAAAUUCUGUUCACAUUGCGAGUUUGUUCCCAACGUUUGGACAGUUGCAAACCCAGUCAAUCCGCCCAACACCACCACCUCCACCACCUGGUGCACCUCAGCUCCACCAGCCAUUUCAUGGUCAGCCAACACCAGGAGCAGUUUCUGCUGUAGCACACCCGCCGGCCAUUCGCCCAAGGGUACGAGCAAGACGAGGACAAGCCACUGAUCCUCACAGCAUUGCUGAGCGGUUACGUAGGGAAAGGAUUGCAGAGAGAAUGAAGGCUUUGCAGGAGUUAGUGCCUACUGCCAACAAGACAGAUAGAGCAGCCAUGCUUGAUGAAAUUGUGGAUUAUGUGAAGUUUCUAAGGCUCCAAGUGAAGGUUUUGAGCAUGAGUAGACUGGGGGCAGCAGGUGCAGUGGCUCAGCUUGUAGCUGAUGUUCCAUUAUCAUCAGUUGAGGGAGAGAGCAUUGAAGGGGCAAAUCAGCAAGCUUGGGAGAAGUGGUCAAAUGAUGGCACCGAGCAUCAAGUAGCUAAGUUAAUGGAAGAAGACAUUGGUGCUGCUAUGCAAUUCCUUCAAUCCAAGGCACUUUGCAUCAUGCCCAUAUCACUUGCGUCGGCAAUCUUCCUAACUCACCCACCAGAUGGACCAUCAAUUGUCAAGCCUGAAUCAAACGCUCCAUCAUAAACCUCAAGAGUUACCUUCACGUGCUUAUCAAUCGCUCCCAGGAGGCAUCUGGGUCCCAUAGUUACAGCAACACCCAGUUGAAGUUUCAAACAAAAAUCACAUCCCAGUCGGUUGCAACUGUUCAUUCGCUUUUUUCUAGUUUUGUCAAAGGAGUCAUUUUCAUGUCAAGGAAGAAAAAUCACUGGCACUUGGUGUUAUAUGUAUGGUCAAGGCAAGCCAAGCCAAAGUAUUCAAAAGCUCCAUUGAUGUGCUGCCCGUUUCAAUAUCUGUGGUGGGGUAAGUGGAGAAUGACCAAAUAUAUUAGCACUGAGAACUAUAUCAUUUCUCUUUCAGAUAGUGGAAGUGUAGGGCCCUUCAAAAGGGAUUGAUGGGUAUUGUGUACGAUUUAUUUGGAGAACUUUUUAUGCAAGUUGAAAUAGAUAAUUGUAGUUUGUCUUAUAAAGCUGUGUUGGAAGCUUCAUGUUUUGACAAUAAUUAGGAAAUUUCAAAUCACUCCUUAUUUUUCGGUA